UGAAACUCCAUGCCCAUGGCCUCCAGUGAAACGGAGUGGGGAGACGUCCGAAACGCCCGUUCCUACACCCACCGAGCUCAGAAAACUGCCGUAUUCACACAAAUUGAUCAAUUCUGACCGUUUCCAGCUGACAUGAAGUUUGUCCAAUCGUACAUUAGCGGCUGGAGCCGCGCCGUAGCAUCAGUGACGCGGCUGAGCUGUCGUUCCCUGCCAGCCGCCUUGGGCAGCAGUGCUGGCUGUCACAGUGCCUCAUCGACACUACCAGCUGAGUCAUUUCCUGAACUGUCACCACGUCCAGAGCAGGCAUACCAUUCUGCCUACACUCAGCCAACCAAAGGCCGCAUCUACGACAAGAAACCAUUCCGAUUUGAGUGCAAAAAGGGGCGCAUAUACCAUUGGUGCACCUGUGGGUUCAGCCACACCCAGCCAUUCUGCGAUGGCAGCCACAAAAAUCCACAUCUGAAGAUUACACUUAAGCCGAUUCGCUUUGUGGCUGAGGAGACACGCUCGUACUGGUUCUGCAAUUGCAAGCAGACAGCAAACAGGCCGUACUGCGAUGGCACGCACAAGCAGCCAGAAGUCCAGGAACAGAUAUCCAUUAUCAAAUAAUUACCCUUGGCUUUGGUAUGCGCAUUGCUUUGUAAUAAAGCAGUUUCUUUCAGAGUGA